AUAGUGAGUACCACGGGGGACACUUAUUUAUAUCUUAAUACCGCACUCCCCCUCCUCUUCCUCCUCACUCAAUUUCAUGGUAAACAGCAGUAAAAAAAAAAAAAAUGCUAUUUGGCCGCAAAUGCAAAUCACCCAUCAGCGAAUGAAAAGGGGAACUAAUGGCGUUGUUGACAAAGGUGUCAAGGCCAUCGACUGGCCGCUAUUGUCCCCACAUCAGCCAAUAAACGCCCAAAUCAACUUUAAGUCGGGUAGAAUGGUGGAGAAUUUGAGGGAGAGUUGGGAAAAAGUGCAGUAAAUCGAAAUUUUACUCUUUGUUUGCUUUAUGCGUGCGAGGGUCGCGUCCCCCCUUCGAGGAAAUGUCCCCCCCUUGACAAUGGAUCCAUUAAUUUGGAAUAAUGGAAAGCGAUUGAGUGGUGUCGUUUGCUACACGUUCCUUUCCCCCACCAUUUGCAUAACUGCUUCGUGUAUUGAGUUACAGCUUUAAUUCCUUGACUUUGGAGAGGAGCCCGAAGCCGUUUACUUCUUCAUUUUUAGGCACAAGUUGAUGGAUUCGGGACCGGCCGGAGCAGGCAUGCGGCUGACAAGGAAUGCUGCUAAACAUAUGUCCUCAUCACGUGCGGAGAUGUGCAUCAAGCAGGAGAUGAUUGGAUUACACACAUGUGCUCUUCCGCAAAGCUACUCUGCGGUCCGUCUGCGUGGGAGGAGCCCGGAUUACAGCCCUCGGGACAUUGCGGGCCGGCACCUGAUCCCGAGACUGCAGUGGACGACGAGCAGCGACGGGCAGGAGAAUUUGAAGAUCUUCAGGCGAUUAUGGGAAACAUCACCUAAGAGUGCUGGCUCACAACUCCUUGGCGACCCAACUCCUAUGCAACGCAACACCUAUCCAGUAGUCAUGUAUGUGAACAAGAACAAGACGGAGCGCAACAAGAAGAACAUCAAAUCAUGGGGUCCCACUGGACAACGCCCGUUCAAACGAACGUCCUGGAACGUCAGGGAAUCGGUCAAAGAGAAGGAGAACAAAGCCGAGCAGGAGGUGCCACGGAACACGGCGUUCUCCAAAGCGUCCUACGACUUGAGCCACUCGGAGAGGGUGAUGGACGCGCUUGCCUUUGGACGCCGGGUGGGCUUCUACGAGCUCAGAGGGGAGAUCGGAUCCGGGAACUUCUCCCAGGUCCGACUGGGAAUACACGACCUGACCAAAGAAAGAGUGGCGGUGAAAGUUCUGGACAAGACGCGGCUGGACAAGCGCUCCCAGGCUCUUUUUGCCUCGGAGAUCUCGUGCAUGGAAAAGCUGUUGCACCCCAAUGUCGUGCGUCUGUAUGAGGUUUUGGAGACCUGCAAGAGGCUGUACCUGGUCAUGGAGUACGCCAGCGGAGGGGAGCUGUUCUCCCGCAUCUGCACCAGGGGGCGCCUCUCCGACCUGGAGAGCAAGCUGGUGUUUGCUCAGCUGCUGGCCGCAGUCAAGUACAUGCACGACAGCAACAUCGUGCACCGAGACAUGAAGGCGGAGAACGUGUUCUUCACCGGCACGUGCUGCGUCAAAGUCGGCGACUUCGGCUUCAGCACCGUCUGCCGCCCCGACGACGUGCUGCACACGUUCUGCGGCUCCCCGCCGUACGCCGCGCCCGAGCUCUUCAAGCGCUCGGGUUACGCGGGCCGCUAUGUGGAUUUGUGGGCUCUGGGGGUCCUGCUCUACUUCAUGACCACCGCCGCCAUGCCCUUCAGAGCUGCCAAUGCGGGCAGGCUAAGGUGCUGCAUCCUGCAGGGUUCUUACAGCAUCCCAUCUUACGUGCCCGACCCCUGCGCGAAGGUCAUCCGGGGUCUGCUGAGAUCUGUACCCGCCGACCGUCUCAGCGUGGCGAAGAUCAUGGCCGGCGAGUGGAUGAGGGGCGUCGACUACCCACCAGAGUACCUCUCUCCCCAUCCCGCGUCCUCACACCUGGCCGGGCCGGCCUCCGCGCUCUGCUCGGAAGACCUGAGCGUCAAAGCGGCGUUAGGGGAGCUGGGCUUCACGGAGCGCCACCUCCUGGACGCGGCGGACCUGAGAAACCCCAUCACGGGCACCUACCGCAUCCUGCUGCACCGCGUCCAGAGGAGGACGUCCGUGGAAGCGGCGGGCUACAGCUACGUGUGCAUGACGGAGACUCGCAACAGGCUCAGGCGGCUGGACAAACGUGGCUCUGCGGUUUGUAUUGUCAUGUAAGCGCAUUGCAUGUUUUUCAGUCUUCUUUUCGCUUUGGGUUCAGUAGGCUGUAAGUUAAAGUGCGUGGAAGCGGAAGCAAAUAAAACCAUUUAAGAAACAA